AUGAGGUGUGUGGUCGGGGCUGCCCCUCCCUCUGUUGGUUUACUUGGCAGCGUUUCAGUGAUCUACUUGGUCAAGAUUUCCAACUUGCUUAGUGGACAGGCACAUGUCGUGCGUAAAUACCCGAACAGCAAGGAUGCGCGCCAGAAAUACGACGAAUGCUUCAAGAGACAACGUCUUCGUGCCUUCGCGAAGGCCAUUGCUAGUGAAGAAAAACCCUCUCCUUUGGAGAACUUCGAUCCCUCCUCAAUUUGCAUCGAGCCCAGCUAUGCGGGACCACACUUGGAGCAGAAAGACGAUGGAACUUAUGCAGUUACACAGAAGUUCAUGACUGAACUUCUGGAAACGUUUAAGGCCCAGAAGAAGUUGCACCGACGUUACGCGGUUGUGAUGGUUAAGCAAUUCUACGAUAUCCUACGGAAACUGCCAACCAUGGUCGAAAUCGACGUUCCAGACGGGGCAAAGUUUACGGUUUGCGGCGACGUGCAUGGUCAGUUCUACGAUCUCGUCAACAUUUUUGAACUGAAUGGUUUACCGUCAACGGAGAAUCCCUACUUGUUCAACGGUGAUUUUGUAGACCGUGGUUCCUUCUCCGUGGAGUGCAUUUUCACCCUUAUCGGUUUCAAGCUGCUCUAUCCAAAUCACUUCUUCAUGUCACGAGGUAAGGAGCCAGUCAAUUUCCUUUAG